AUGCCGGGAUCGAGCUCGGAUCCGGGCAAUGGCAAGGGCAAGAGGAGCCUACCCUCCUGGAUGGGCUCCGGCGACGGCGGCGGCGGCGGAGGCGGAGGCGGGGGAAGUCCAGGCAAGAAGAAUCACGCGGAGGAGACCCACAAGAGGGCUCAAGCAGGGCCGGAUUUCUCCAAACUCUUGGAUGGUGUGGUCUUUGUGCUGUCAGGGUUCGUGAACCCCGAGAGGGGCAGGCUGCGCUCCCAGGCGCUGGAUAUGGGGGCGGUGUACCGGCCCGAUUGGUCUGAUGAUUGCACGCUUCUUGUCUGCGCGUUUGCCAACACCCCCAAGUUUCGGCAAGUCCAGUCGGAGAAUGGAACCAUCGUCAUUAAAGAAUGGAUCUCAGAAUCUCACAGCCAAAGAAAACUCGUUGAUAUUGAGCCUUACCUUAUGCAUGCUGGAAAUCCAUGGCGCAAAAAUAAAGUGCCAGUUGAUUCCAGUCAAGGUGACUUGGUUAUGGUAAUGGAAGAACUAGGAUUUAGUUUCGAUCAGAAGAAGCCACGUAAAGAGCAUGAAAAGCAACCUGAGAAGACUCAUGCUAAGACACCGCCCUCUGCUGCCACUAAGGACCUCAUAAUAGUCUCUUUUCUACAGGCAGGACGUUCAGAUGCUAUAAACAAACAAUUUUCGCCUUCAAAAAUUAAACAAUGGGCAAUGGAUGAUUUUGCAAAGACAAUAUCUUGGUUGGAGAGCCAAGAAGAGAAGCCAGAGCCAAACGAAUUAAAGGCAAUAGCUGCUGAAGGGGUUAUCACUUGUCUUCAGGAUGCCAUUGAAUCCCUUGAGCAAGGCAAUGAUAUCAGCGGAGUGGCGGAGCAGUGGAGCUUCGUCCCCCAUGUUGUGGACGAGCUAGUGCGGCUGGACAGAGAGGGCUCAUCGCUGUCUAAAGAGCAGCUGGCCAAACUAGCAACCAAAUGCAAGAAAAUCUACCAGGCCGAGCUUGCGCACAUGGACGGUGGUGACAAGAAGGGCAAGGAGCGCCCCGGGAAGGCUGGGACGGACGACGCUGAGUAUGACAGCGAUGAUACAAUUGAGAUGACGGAGGAAGAGAUCGACCUCGCUUGUAGACAGUUCUCGGGGAUUAGUAGUAGCUAG